AUGUUGACGGUGUAUCGUGGACAAUUUGUACAUAUAAAUGAAUUGGAAAAAUUUAAAUUAAAUAUACGCAAUUUAAUAUCAAUGAAUACAUUUCUAUCAACAACGACAAAUAAAGAUGUUGCAUUAAUAUUUGCUGGUGAUGGUGAUAAUGAUGAUGAUAUUAGCAUUAAUGAUAGUACGAACGUUAGUAUAAAUAAAGUUCACGUUCAAGGAACGAAACGUGAAUUCUGCAGGCCUAUUAAUGAGCAAAAUUAUCUAAAAUUUAUUCUAUUUCAAAUGGAUAUUCCUAUUCAACAUUCUCUAACAACAAAAUCAUAUGCUGAUAUAUCAAAAUUUAGUUAUAUGAAAGGUGAAAAUGAAAUAUUAUUAGAUACGGGUUCUAUAUUUCGUAUUGUAUCUGUUGAUAAAUUAAAUAUUGAUCAUCAUCAUAUAUGGCAGAUGAAACUUUUAUUUAGUGAACAAAAAGAUAAACAUAUUAAUAACUUAAUGAAUUAUAUAGUUAAAAAUGAAAUGAAUGAAACAGCCAAUUUAUUAAUAAUUGAAAAUGUUUUGAUCAUAUGGGUGAAUUUGAUAAAGCACUAA